AUGGCGAUUGAUACUGACGAAGGCGUGUUCCUCGCGGACGACGCAAUCUUCUUGACUGGUUCAGCGAAUCAAAUUACAGAGAAAGAGCAUCCGAUGUUUCAAUCGCGCUCGAUAGACGAAAUCCUGUACAUUGCGUCUGUCAUUGCGCAGCAUCAACUCUCAGUGGACGUGGUGAACAGUAUUCUCGAGUUUGCAGGAGUAAUGCUUGUGUUCCAAGCUGAAACAUCAGAAUUACGUCGUGGUAAAAGUAAUAUGAAUGAAGAGUAUUUGAAGCUGCAGCUACCCACUGCAGAACAACUAAGAGUUCCACCCGAAAUAAACGUGAGCAAGUGCUUAUUGCUGGUAGCGGACUGCGUUUCAAAGGACCAGGGCUGGGCCACAGACCAGCGAGAACACAAUGGAACGUACAUAGCAACACAUUCGUGGUGUGAAAUAGCGGUCACGUCGAUAAGUGCGGAGGGAGAGAGCAGAGAGACGGUGCGCGUGCCGUUCUGCCCGAAUCUACGUGCCGGCAGAAACUUUCGCCACCAUCGACGAUACUUUGAUAGCUCUACAGAUUUGCUGCAACGCAUUAAUCUAGGUGAUUGCGUGUCCAUUGUACUUCGAUCAGCAUACCCUGGUUGGACAAACUCUGCAAAGAAUGGCCGACUGGCCGCCUGCUUUACUGUAGAACUCAACGACGAUUUCUCGUUCGCCGGGAUCCCAUUUCCAGGUCUCUCUAACAGUAUGGAUGCAAGCACCAGCCCCUCUGCCCUGUGCUUUCCUCUGUAG